CUCUCACUUUUUAAUUUAUCGUAACUGUUUGCACUUUUUUCUGAUAUCCUUUUGCGAUAUAUAAGCUACAGCUUCUGGCCUUCACUUCAACAUUCUCCCUUGACUUUGAUUCAUAGUCGUAACCAUCAAGCAUCAUGGCACCCAAGAAGUCCAAAGGGCAAAAGAUGGCCCUGGCCGAUUUCUUCGCCGAUACAGCAACCGGUACAUCAUGGGCCGACGAGAUGGACAAUCUACCCACCGCUCCCGCCGCUCGUGAUUCUUCUGCACCCAAACGCGGCGAACCCGGUUAUCUCGAUUCCAUGCCCGAUCGUGGCCACGGCGACCGUCCUGCUUUCGGAGGAGCAAUCCCUGCCAGACAAGAUGUGCCCAUUCCCAACGCUCCUCCCUUCACCGCCCACGUAGGUAACCUCUCGUACGAGACCGAAGAGGAUGAUCUACGUGCUUUCUUUACCGAGCUCCAACCUACCGGCGUACGUAUUUCGAAGAACGCCGAAGGACAACCAAGAGGAUAUGCACAUGUAGAUUUUCCGACUGCAGACAAGCUACGUGAUGCUUUGGCCAAAAACUCUCAGCAAUUCAGCGGACGGAGUAUUCGAAUCAGUGUCGCAGAACCAUCUGCCGGAAGGAAAGACUUCGUACCUUCGGCUGCCGAGGAGGCCACACAAUGGCGACGCGCUGGCCCUCUUCCUGUCCGGGAAUCACCUGUUCUCGGUACUCGUCGUGGCCCCUCAUUCUCUCCCGCUGAACCAGCCGUCGAGCGUGACUGGUCCGCUGCUCGAGGCACCGAAUUCGUCCCUGCUCCUCCUGCGGUUGGUCUGGGCAUAAGACGUGAAUCAUCUGGCGCAGGGAGAAUGCGUGAUAUCGGUCCCACCGCCGCGGACGAAGCUGGUCAGUGGAGAAGCGCACGACCUAUGGCGGAGACGAGAACCCCGAUCAACGGAUCGCAUCCUACGUCGGGCGAGAACAGUCCCUCCCCCGCUGAUACGGAACAGACCUGGGCCAGAGGAACACGGUUCAAGAGCCAAGAACCUACUUCAAGAGCCACUACCGCUUCGCCUGGCGAGGAACGUGACUGGCGCGCCGCUCGACCCUCGCCUCAGCCUGCCGCUUCCCCUGAUGGACCAGAAGAGAGUCCCAAAGUUCCCACCGAGCGUAGAAAACUCACCCUCGCCCCCCGUUCUGCUCAUCCAUCCCCUUCUACCACUACCACCGAGGCUCGCUCUCCGAACACUGCCAUUUUCGGCGCUGCCAAGCCCAUCGAUUCGGCCGCUCGGGAAGCUGCUGUGGAAUCACGUCUCGCUGCCCGUGAGGCAGAACGCAAAAAGGCGGCUCAAGCUGCUCGGGAAGAAGAAGCCCGAAAGGAGCGUGAAGAAGAUGAGAAAGCUCGACAAUUUGCCGACGAACGAGCCCGGACCAUCAAGGAAGCCCAACAGAAGGCUCAGGCAGCAAUAAAUCCUAAUCCCACCCCUAAUCAGAACAAUCACGUGUCAUCAGGACCACCUAGACGAUCAAGUGGACCCGGUGUCGAACGCUCUGAGAGAGGUGGACCGAGGCGAGGAGGUCACAGUGUCAGAGGUGCGAAGAGCCCGAGGGUUGAAAGCGAUGGAUUCGAAGUUGCCCAGGGUACUGGGACAAGGCGACAGGCGCAGAAUCAACCUACGGUUGAGAAGAAGAAAGAGGCACCAAGACAUUUCAGUUUCGCCGCUGCAGCCGCUUUGGUGGAUGAGGACUUGGUGGACGAUGUUGACGAUGCGGAAGAGGAAACGUUGGCGGGGAGCGUUGAGGGUGUGACGAAGGGCUUGGAAGAUGUCCGAGUGGAAGAGUAGACGCGGGUUGGGUGGAGGACUCGACUGUAGCAGUCGAGGUCGAGAAUGGCGAAAAGUCGAUAUAAUUGGCAACACGUAACGCUUGAAGAGGAACCAAAGGGAAAUCGAUACCAUGAGCAAGGAGUGUGUAAGUGUGGAUUCUUGAGCUACGUUAAGGAUGGGUGGGGGUGGGAUAAUUCCGUCUGACAGUCUACGAUAGGGGAGCUAGUAGAUACAUAGGUUUUAUAGGAUCGUAGUUCAGCAUCUGCAUUGGAUUCGUUAUUUCU